ACAGAUGUGCUCGGUCAAGUUUUGGAUUGUGGUGAUGUCGAAAACAUUCAGUGUACCGGGGGAAAGCAACGAAAAAAACUUGAAUUCACCCUAAGCGACAUCAAGUAAGUUAGCUGUCAUUUACUCCAAAAACAAAUGUAUUGCAUACGAGUAAGAUAAUAAAACUAACCAUAUCUUGACAACCUUUCAUAGUGAUUCGCAUUUACCAUGCUGCAUAUGGGGCAACUUAGCCGAGAAACUCCAUUCUGCAAUUAACCAAGAAGUUGGUAUGGUUACUAUGCUGCUCAGGUUUGCUAAGCUUGGGAGAUUUAGAGGUACAUAAUUCACGAUAAACCAUUAUGAUAAACUUAAUGGUUUAUAUCUUAAUUUUCCAUCAAACAAGUUUGUUUCAUAUGGGCUUUACAUUAUAUACUAAACAUUGUUUUUGAAGUUAUAUAAGAAUUUCAUAUUUAUAAUUAAAAAAUUUAAAUAUACAAUUAAUAAACAUAAACAUAAAGUAGAUAGGAAUGUAAUACAUGAUAUCAAUACACUCGGUCAUAAUUUAAAUAAUAUUACAAUUCAUUUAAAUAUUUUAAUAAUUUAAUAAGACAAUGUACACAUUAAUUUUACCAAAAAAAAUUGUAAAGUUAAUAUCUUCCUGUAUUUUUGAAAAAAAAAAGUAUUUCACAAUAUUAACAUUUGGUAUAGAUGAAAAAGUAAUGUAAAACAUAAAAACAAAUGCUAACAAAAAACACUAAGACAUUUGAUAUACAUUUGUUAUAAUACUAGAUAUAUGUCCAAUAAAACAAACUCGCGCUUAAUAAUAAAAUUGACAAAGAAUACAAACCCGCGCUUUGAAAGCGCGGGUCAAAAUCUAGUAGAGUAUUAAAAUUAGAUAUAUAUAUAUAUAUAUAGUUAGCUAAUAUUAAUAUUUAAUGAUAUGAUGGAACAUGUUACUAUUAAUAUUUUUACGAGUAUAGUUUUACGGGUUGUUCCAACAAACAUGUAAAUAUUUAUCAAAUAUAAAACUAACUGACAAAAAAAAACACAUUUUAAGUUAGGCUUGGGAGUCUAUGUACCUGUUGGGAUACGGGUUCGGUAUUUUGAAUUUUGGUUCAAAUUUACAUCCUAUGUCUAAUUCUGGUAAAUUUGUAAGUACGGAUCGAGUUCGGAUAUAACACAUUGUUUUUGAUUCUAAUUUUUAUGACAUCCUAAAACUCAUAAAGUAAUCAUCCAUCGUAUGGAUUCAGGUUAUAUUAGUUCGGUUUUGAUAUAUCUGAAGUUAAAUUUAAAAUUUAAAAGAAAAGCAUUAAAAAUAAAUACUUAUUAAUAGAGAAUUAGAUAUUUAAAGUAAUUAUUUAAAAUUUAAAUACUUAUUCUUAGAUAUCAUUUCAAAGUAAUAUAAAAUGGAGUAUAUGAAGUACAUAUUUAUGCUUCAAAUAUUUAUAUUUGUGAUUAAUUUGAAUAUUCGAAACGGUUUUCUGGAUUUUAUUCGGAUAUUUUGGUUUUCCGAGUUAUAUGUUUGAGUUUGUCUAAUAACACUCCGGGUUCGAAUAUGUUUUGAACCACUGUACAAUAUUCUUUUUGGUAUUUCUUAUAUUUCAGAGUACGAAUCAGGUUUUUUGUUUGGGUUUGGUUCGAACUUCAGGUUACAUGUUUUAUGCUCUGGCCUACUUUAGAUAAAGAGAAAAUGUGAUUAUAUAAAAUUUUCACCAAACCUAGUGUAUUAUUAAUUUAUAAGUCAAUAACUUUAAAUCAAACAUCAAAUUUAUACUAUUUCUUUUAUGAAUUUUUCUCUUCUUUGAUUUUUAACUUUUAUUGAUUGAAAAAAAAAUAUAUUAGUAUAGGAUAAUAAUAUUAUUUUGUUUAUCUUUUCAAAAUGCGUUGUUAUUUUAGCCAGUUUGUAUUAUAUUGAUUUACAAUAAAUUAUCUAAUAAAUAAUAUGUUCUCACUAAUAUAUAAUGAUGUUACUAAAUCAAAAUUUUUGGAGUUAUCAAAACCUACAAAAUCCCAACAUAAAUCAAAAACACAAAAUAUUAAAUAGAACUCAACUUUACAUAUUACAUUAAUCAAAGUAAAUAAAGCUAUUGAUAUAUGUAUAGUUAUAAUGUAAAAUACCUUUUAUAAUAACUAAAUAAAGAUUUGAAAAGAAAGACGAUUUGACAACCAAAACAUUUAAAAUAUGUAGUGUAUGAGAUAAAAGCAUCUCCAACCCUUUGUUUUUUUUAAUAACAUCUAACUUUAUUGAUUUCAAAUCAAUGUAACACAUAUAUUACAUGAAACAUAAAUUACAACAAACAUAUUGUUAAGAAAAACUUUUAAUAGAGACACGAUGAUUCCUAACACAUUCGUAGGAUAGGCUGAUUCUCCAACCCUUUGUUAUGUUCAUCUGUAAAUGUCAUAAACUUAUAAUAGAGAAAAAUAUUCUCUAGGUAAUCUUUUUCUUCUUCAAAAAUAGAGAUUACUAGGUUGUCCUUUAAAUAUAGAGUCAAUAGUAUUCUUUCAUUAUAGAGUCAUAAUUUUUUAUUUUCAAAUUUUUUAUUUUAUUUUAAAACUUUAAUAAUUAUAACUAAAACAAAUAUUUUAUAAUACAGUUUUUAUAUUAAAAAAAAUAAUCACAUUUUUACAUAAUAGUCUUUCAAAAAAAUAUAGUUAAAAAAAUUAUAACUCUAUGAAAUCCUUGUAAAAAUUAAACGUGAAUAGGUUUAAUUUCCAAGUUUUAUAAAUAUAAGGUACUUUUUUGUGAAAUAGAAAACGAAUAUUUUGAAAAUAUUUCUUUUUAGAGGCAAACCUAGAGAAAUACAUUGGAGGAAAUGCAUCUUUAUUUAGAAUUACUCUAAUGUAAGAAAAUUAAAUAAAAUUUAUUACCACUCUUCUAAACAUAUUUUUAAUAUUAUAGUAUAAUAAUAUAUCUAAUAUUCUAACCUAUUUUAAAUAUUUUAGUAUAAUGAUAAAUCUAAUUAUUCUUGUAUAUAAUACUAGUUAUAAAAAUUCAAGCAUAAAAAGAAACAUGUAGAUAAACAUAAAAUAAAUACAUUGAAUUAUCUUUUCCGUUUUUUCUUUCAAACAGUUUUCAAUUUAUCUUUUCAACUAAUUUUUCUUUAUUUAUAUUUAUUCAAUUAAAUAAGAAAUUUUAUAAUUAUUCAUUAAGGGUAACAUAAAAUUUAGACUCUCUAACUUUUAACGUGAGAGACCGAAUGCGAAAAAUCACUUCGCAAAUAAUUAUAUCGAUACUAGUUUUAAAAUCUGCGUCUUAUGCGGGAUGAGCAUUGUGUAUACAAAUUAGUUUUGCGUAUUACUACUUAUUUUAAGUUCUUUUACAUAUUAUAUAAUAAUAAAUUAUUAUUAAAUAAUUGAAAAGCUAUUAGUUAUUACGUGUAUAAUUAAAUACGCACAAACACAUAAAUAAAACAAUCACUCUUCUUUACUUGCAAUCAUUUUGUGGUAAAUAAAUAAAAACAAUAAUUUUUACAUAUUUAUAUGGUAUAUAAUUUAAAUGAUAUCGACAUAUAUAUAAUAUAUUUUAAUAUGGAUAUCUAGUAAAUAAGGCUUCGUAUUCAUAUGGUUUUAUGAUUAUUUGUAUAUUUUUAUAACAAUAAUUUUAACUGUUGAUAAUAAAAUUUUCAAUGUGGGCCUUUUAAUAGUUGUAAUAAUUUUAUAAUCAUUUUAAAAAUUCAAUGCAAAUUUCAAAAUUAAAAUAUUAAGUUGUAAAUAUUUUUUCAAUGAAAAUUUUGAAAUUAAAAUAUUUAUAUAUUUUAUAUGGUAUAUAGUUUAAGUUAAACGAAUAUUAAAUAUAUAUAUAUAUAUAUAUAUAUUACUAUGAAUAUCUAUCAAUUGAGUCUUCCUACUCAUAUGGUUUUAUAAUCAUUUUAAUCUUGUUACAACAAAACUUUUAAACUACUGAUCACAAUUUUUCAGUGUGAAAAUUUUAACAAUUUUGAUAAUUUAUAGUCAUUUAAAAGCAAUUCAAAAUAUAACUUAUAUGGAAAAUCUAAAUGUUUAUUCUAUGGUUAAUGUAUUAUUUAUUUUAUUCUACUAAUAUAAAAUUAAACAAAAAUUAUACAUGAUACAAAAAUUGUUAUCAAAAUUUUAUUAUUCAAAUCAUUAAUUACCAUAUAUAUGUUAUUCACAUUAGGUAAUACCCGUAGUUCUUAUUUAAGAAAAGAAUGAACAAUGUUUUUGUAUACAUUAAUGAUUAACUUUAUGGUUAAUUAAUGAGAAAUAUAGUAUAAGUUUAGGUGGAGCAACAUUUUUCUCUUACAAUUUUAAGAAUCAAUCUAGUGUUGAUACAUGAUAUAGCUUAAAUGUUAAAAUGCUUCUCAACUUAUAUAUAAUGGAUUGUAAAUGACUAGUUAGAAAAUAAAUCUGUAUAUACAAUACUUGAGUAUUAGAUAUGAGUACUAGGUAUGACAUUUACAAAUACUUGAAAAAUAAUUCGAAACAAAUUCCAUUAUGAUCCAUAUAAAAUAUUUAGUAAAGAACACAAAUCAAUUUUGUAUAAAUCUAAGUUAAUAAAAUGUCUAAGUUUUGCAUGGACAUAUAUAUCUCUUAUAUUUAAUUGAGAAGCAAUACAACAUUUUAGGUAGCAACAUGUCAUUACUACAAUGAAUUUUAGAAUUUUUUUUUAAAAUUUUGGUUUGUCCAUAUAAACAUAGAUUAUAUUUUUUAUUAAACUAACAAUCAAAUUUAUUAGUAGUAUACAAUAAAUAUCCUCAUUCUUUCCUUAAAUAAAAUCAAUGGAACUAUCUAAUAUGAUUAACAUACAUAUGGUAAUUAAUGAAUUUAAAUAAUAAAUAUUUGAUAACAAUUUUCGUAUACUCCAUCAUUUUUUAAAAUUUUAUAUUAUUAAGAAAUUAAACAAUCACAAUAACUAUAUAAUAAAUAUUAGAUUUUCUCUUAGAUGAUCUAUUUUAUUUUUUUUAAACGACUAUGAAUUAUUAAAACUGUUAAAAGUCUCACGUUGAAAUUUUUCAUGAUCAAUGGUUAACUUUUUUUCAUAAUAAGAUACAAAUGAUUCAUUUGUAUCUUGUUAUACAAAAAAGUUAGACAAGAUCAUAAAAAUUUCAACUUAAGACUUUGAACAUAGUGUCUCAUAAUUAUCAUAGUGUCUCAUAAUUAGAUAUAACUUUUUUAAAAGAAUAAUCGUAUUAACUUCUUUUUUCCUGGGACUACAGUUUCUCUGAAACGAUUUCUUAUAAACUAAUAUAUAUUUCCACUGUUUUUAUUCAAUAAUGUAUUAUAAGUUUUAUUUUGUUUCAGUUAGAUGAUGAUUUUAGUUUAUAAUGUAAAAUUUAUUAAUUUUAAUGUUUAUAACCAUUUGUGUUUUUCAAAAUUUUAAUUAUUGAUUGAAUUAUUUGACUAGGUAAUUAAUAUAUUUUCAUUUUAGAAAAGGUAAGAAAUUAAAUGUAUUCUAAAUUUGAAAAUUGGAAAAACUUAUGGAAUAUUUGUUUUUACCAUAAAUGAAACUAUACCUUUGUUAGAUCAUUUGUUUUCCCUUAUUUCAUGGAAUCAUCAAAUUAGUCAACGAGUUUAGUUGGAAAUACAUAAAUAGAAACAUUGUCAGACUGUCCAUGUUUAAGCAUAUAAAUCUCUUUUCGUAUGUGCUUUAGUUGGACAUUGAUCUCCAAGUUCUGUCUUAAACUGUAAGCCUUUUUGUUAGAUCAUUCUUUGUCCCUUAUUUCAUGGAAUCAUCAAAUUAAUCAACGAGUUUAAUUGGAAGUACUUAAAUAAAAACAUUGGUUCUUUCUAUAAACAAACUCUGUCCAUGUUUAAAUCUCUAUAUAGGCACCUCUGUGUAUAAGCUGAAUAUAAAUCUCUUUUCAUCUGCAUAGAUACUAGGUUGCCUGUGGUAUAGCUGGACACUGAUCUCUAAGUUCUGUCUUAAACUAUAAGCUUUUUUUAACCAUUGACUUUGAAUUCCACAGAUCUCAUUGACGAUGACGUGGUACUGAGAAGGGGUUGGAAACUGAAUCAUCUCAAAGCGUUUCAAUCAUGAACAAAGAGAAUGCUGUUUCUGGCAACGUCAUACCGCUCCAUGCCCAUACUGCUUCAGAAGUGGAUGUUGCAACACAGAGUCUAGGACAUGUCGUUAGAGCAAACACAAAGAGAGCAUCCUUGGACGAGAAGAAAGCCAAUGCACCUAAGAAGCGAGCUGUUCUUAAAGAUAUCACAAAGGAGAUUUCAGCUAAGUUGGAGAACAUCAAGCAGAUAGAGAAGGUGGCAUCUUCUUCUGUAUCCACUGUGGCAAGUAAUCUGCAAGUCAUUGACAUUGAUUCAGAUAACAAAGAUCCUCUACUUUGUAGCCUUUAUGCACCUGAAAUCUACUACAAUCUGCGUGUUGCCGAGCUUCAACGCAGACCAUUUCCUGAUUAUAUGGAAAGGAUACAAAGAGAUCUGACUCAUACAAUGAGAGGAAUACUAGUUGAUUGGCUUGUCGAGGUCUCAGAGGAAUACAAACUUGUACCUGACACACUCUAUCUCACAGUAUAUCUCAUAGAUUGGUUUCUCCAUGGAAACUACAUUGAAAGACAGAGGCUUCAAUUGCUCGGUGUCACUUGUAUGUUCAUUGCUUCAAAAUACGAGGAGAAAUUUGUGCCACGCAUUGAGGAGUUCUGCUUCAUCACUGAUAACACUUUCAUAAAAGAUCAGGUCUUGGAGAUGGAGAGACAAGUACUGAUGCAUUUUAGCUUUCAGAUUUACACACCCACUUCAAAAACAUUCCUCAGGUAAAUGUGAAAACACUUCAGAUGUUCUAGUUUUUUUGGUGAUUCUAAGUUUCCAUUCUUUUUUGCAGGAGAUUUCUCCGGGCAGCUCAUGCUUCUGAUAUGCAGAAACCAAGUGUCGAGAUAGAGUUUCUGGCGAACUAUCUCAUGGAACUGACGUUAAUAGACUAUGAGUUCUUGAAGUUCCUUCCUUCGGUUAUCGCUGCUUCAGCUGUUUUCCUUGCUAAGUGGACACUGAACCAAUCAAGCCACCCUUGGGUCUGUUCUCUCUUUGGUUUUUGUUAAGACAAAUCUUGAAUCUUGAAUAUUGAAUCUCACACAGCUUUUAUUCUUUCAUUUUAUUGGGUUUAGAAUCCAACUCUUGAGCAUUACACAACGUUGAAAGCCUCAGACCUCAAAGCAUCAGUUCACGCCUUGCAAGAUCUACAGCUUAACACCAAAGGGUGCACCUUAGUUUCUAUACGCAUGAAGUAUAAGCAAGAGAAGGUAAACACAAAAAAGAUUCAAGUUAAAUCUCACUUUUUAGUUUGGUUUGGUUUGGUUUGGUUUACAUAACUUUACAUAUUUAUAUUACAACAGUUCAAAUCAGUGGGGGUUUUGUCGUCUCCGGAGAUACCUGACAGGCUAUUCUGAAUAGAGACUAAACAGAGUGGUUCUUCUCCUAACCGAUGCAUUUGCAACUUAGAAACUGGUGGCCAGGACCAUCCCUUUUCCUCCUUCAUAUGUAGCUACAAAAAAAGUCUACAUUAAUAGCAGAUUAUUAUAGCACGUUUUACCGAACUACUAUCACAGAUAACUUAGAAAUUUUCGUACUAUAUAAUAGCGUUAAAUAAACGUUACUACAGAGUCAAACCUAAAAUAACAUUUAACUAAUAUAUUUUGAAAUUUAAGUGAGCGGAAAAACAAAAUUACUGAUUUCGUCAACACUUACUAAAAAAUUAGACUUAAUUGCCAAAUACAUUAUUUAAGCUGUUUCAGUAAUGUUAUCAAAUGCAUAUAAUAGCAUUUUUCUAAUGCUAAGAAAAACUAUUUAAACCUCUAAACUCUAAACAUAGUUUUAAACCCUAAACAUGGUUUUAAACCCUAAACUCUAAAGACAACUCUUAAGACUAAUAUUUUUAUAUUAUAACUUCAAAUCUUAAUGUUAAACUCAAAAUUAUAGUUUUCUUAAUCUUAAACAAAAAUCUUUAAUCUUUAAUAUUUAAUCAAACUCUAUAUCCUAAAUCCUAACUUUAAACAUAAACUAUAUAUUCAAUACUCUAAAUAUAACCUUCAAAUCUUAAAUCACAAAGCUAAACUUUACUCUUAAUCAUAAUUCUUUUUUACAAACCAUAAAAUCUAAAUUAAAAACUUUUAAAUCAAACAUACACAUUUAGAAAUGAAUUAUAAAUCAGAUUAAUGGUAAACUACUAAAAAAAAAAAAUAGACUAAUUAAUAAAUAAUUAAGCAAGCCUUUGAAAAGAAACACAGGAAGGAGAAGUAGUGGUGUGGCAGACCGGUGUCUCCGGUUAAGCGCGGUGCGGCGAUGGUGUGACAGAGCGGCGCUGGAGUCUUUUUUUUUUUUUUUUUUUUUGUAAUAGUCAAUGUAUCCGAGUCAUUCGUUUCCAAGCCUGAGAUGCAGAAGGUCCUUCACUUUCUCUUACCCUUUAGCUGUGUGCUUAUUGCAAUGGAACACACUUUAAAGUGUUUGAACUUUUACUUCUUUUGGCUGGAGAUUGAGAUGCUUCAGGAUUAUAAUCUAUCAAUAUUUAAAUCUGAAGCCAAAAGUAUCAAUAUUCCAUGGGUAAACCUAUACCAUAUUGGGUUAUUUUUUGGGUCUGGAUUUCAAUAUUGACGUUUAUGGGUUUUUGCGGAUUGGGUAUAAACUGGGUUGGAUUAUCUGUGGGUUGGGCUGGGCUAGGUUAUUUUACCCUACGUUAACAUCCCUAUUCUCAGGUAACAUAUAUAAAUGGUUGUUCUACUUCGUGAUGGUGAUGAAUCCUUGAGACAUCUUUUGAAGGUAUUACGAAGUUUUUUACUUUGGAUUGUUCUUUUCUCAAGGUUGAGACGGAGAGAACAGAUCCGGAGGCGGAGAGAGAAUAGACGCUAUCGGAGCUUGUCAGAGGAAUAGUAGAAGAAGCUUGACGACGGAGGAGGUAAGGCUGGUCGUACGGGGGAGAUGCGAGUGCGGCAGAGACUGAAGAAGAAUAUGGUUUAGUGGCUUUAUUAGGUUUAGACGUUUAGUUAAUAAACCAAUUUGUAAUAGUAAACCAUGUAAACCAAAAUUCAAUUUAUUGUAAACUAAAUUUAAUUUAUAAAUAAAAUUUAUUUUAUUUUUAUUAUAAAACAAUUUUAGUUUAAUUUUCAAUUAUUUUAUUUUUAAUUAUAAUAAUUUUUAGUUUAUCUAAAAAUCUAUAGUAGUCUUUCCACGGUCUGGAUUCUGAUACCCAGUAACUGGAUUAAUCAGUGUUCGUUUAUUCCGAUCUAGUUUAGACUUAUUUGGUUCUACCAAACCGAGAUUAUUUUAAUUGUAAAGGAUGUAUAAUUUUUUCUAUUUUCUAUCAAGCCGUUAUGGCUACAGAACAUUAUUUUGUUCUGCUUUGCUAUAACCUAAACUAGAUCUGCUAUGUCAUCCCUAUUAAAUUUGAUAUCUACUUUCUUUUUGAUUAAUAGGAAAUUUGAUGUGUACACAAAUAAAUUAUACUAGUUUGAUGUAUACAUUAAGCUACAAUUGAGAUGAUUAACUCAUUUUUGUUUAUCUCUAUCUAAACAUAGGCAGACAUUGUGAUACAUACCCAACAAGAUCCGCAGCCGAUGUUUUUAAAACCGGACAGGAAACUGAACUGGAUAAUUUUUGGAUCACGUUUCAACAUGGUUGGAACAGGUCAAACAUGGUUUAAUAAUCUGGUUUAAUAUAUUUUCAAAGUAUAAAUUUAGAAGUAAUGUUAGUAAAUACGAUACAUAAUCAAAAUAUAAAUAAAUUAAAUACAUAAACAUUAUAAAGAUACUUUUUAUGUUUAUACAAAUGGUUCAUAGAUUUUUGAUAGUUUUAAUGAUUUUUAUCACUUUAAUAACUCUGAGAUCCAAUCCGACUACGUGACGGGUUCAUGGUCGAACCAGUUAUUAGACCCAACCCGGCUAUAUAACCAGUUCAUGGUCGAACCCGGAUCAACCAGUGGGUUGGUCCGGUUUUAAAAACACAGCCUGCGGCCUAACCAUAAGACAUUUCUGCUUGUUUGAUUCAUUUUCAGGUCUAAUAUUUACUAAGUCAUUUUCAAUGUAAUGAGGUCCAUAAACAAUCGACCAAAACAUAGAGAAACACAAGGUAAAUCGCUUUGUAUAAAUAAUCAAAUGAUAUUCAAUACAUAAGUUCAGUGUGCUCUAUAGGCUAUUAUAAGUUCAUUUGUAACACGAUCUAUCAACACACCACACAACCAUUUGCUGAUAGAGUUUUUACGGCUCCUUGGCUUUUCCACGAUCAACCUUAGAUCCUGAAACCAUAAACCACUCGCUGCAAUCAUAAUCCGAUAUCAUAACGGUUGAUUCUAACAAUGCAUGGUUUGGUUCCUCUAAACAAUUAUAAACCUCUAUCUACUAUAUCACAUACAUUCGGCCAAGCCCGAACAAGUCAAAGCCUAACCCAACAAUCUUAUUCAGACCAUAACCGAAUCGCCCUUAUUUCAUUCCGAUCACACAAUUCGGGUCUAGGUUCGAUUGGCCAAUCUUUAAGUCCGGCCCAUAGGCCCACAUACCUACUUAACUUAUUCAGCCCAAAUCUUGGAUCCAUAGACACGAGUAAAGCCUAUCCGGAUUGCCUUGCAACCGAUCAGACCUUGCGAUCUCUUACCGCGGUCAAACGAACCAUACGUCGACUAAUAAGUCUUAGACUGACUCAAUGGAUCGGCCUAAGCCUUAAUUACAUUGGUCUGCUCAACACAUGCGCACAUCCGGCCCAUGGCCUAGGAUCGCGGUUAGAUGCAAACGAUCUAAGGCAAGGGACAUAACCCUUCAUCUCAACCUUCUCACAUAUUCGUACAUAUCCAGAAAGAGAAGAAGUAGAAUGAAUUGAAAUAUAUUAGAGAAGAACAGAUGCGACCUAAACCAAUCGGACCAUAGACUCGACUAAACCGAACAAUGGUCUAGUCUGAUGGAUCGCCGGUCUAUCACAUACCUUGGAGCCACACUCAGAGGUUUCCACACGUUUCUCCUUGCCAGCUCCAUCUAUUUCUAGUUGGUAUCUCUUCCUCAAACGAUCACCCUUGUUGGAAAGUAAACACCACCGCGAUCGGCCUUUCUCUUGAUUGGAUUAUCUCUCUCUUUCUUUUUUUUUGUUUCUAUUCUCUCACGAUAUUUCACUGAGUUUUUACUCUUGAAACUGAUUAUUAGAACCAACAUAGAGACCCUAUAUUUAUAGGGAAUGAGGUCGGCCAUUGCCUUGGGCGAACGAGUACAAAUUGCUAGACGGAUGGGUACAACUUGGUUGAAAGUUUGUAAGUUUAGCCAGUUCCACCCCAUUGCCUAUAACCGCCCCAUAUUGGGUCGAUCUUAUACCCAACCAGUUAUCUAAGCCCCCUAGGCCUAGCCCAGGACCUCACCAGCCCAUAGCCAACAUGGCCAACCAACCAGCCUUGCACCAGCCCGGACCCGGACCAACUGCUCAAGCUCCAAACACUCCUUCCAGCUGAGUUGAGCUGGCUCCCAACUGACCCAGCUGAGUGAGCUAGUAGUCAAGCUAGUUGAGCUGACAUAACUUGGACCGAGUAAAUUGAGCUUGACCAAACUUUUUUCAGCUGAUCGAGUACACGUCUACAUCGCCCAGCUAUCAUACAACUCGUCCAACUUUGUCAUCUUUGUUUCCUUCAAUGCAAGGUUAAGUUUCUUCCUUCUGAUGGACUUAACCUUCUAAUUUGGCCAUGGAACACUUGAUUUUAAGUCUUACAAACGGAUGGUAUGUUUCCCCGAACCAUGGCCCAUCCCGACGAUCCUAUCUAGGAUCGAAGAUGCAAUAACUCUCCCCCACUUGCGAUGGAUUCGUCUCGAAUCCAAACCAAGUAUUUCCUCGGUCGCAAAUUGCACAAACCACUGAGGAUAGUCGGCUUUCAUCCUAGCCUCUGUCUCCCAAGUUGUUUCCUUUUGCCCAUUAUAAUCCGAGAUGACUUUGAUCAUUUGGAUCGUUUUUUUCCUUGUUGCUUUUUCCAUCCUAUCUACAAUCCUAACCGGCCUUGUCUCAAAGGUUAGGUUCGUACCCAUAUCCGCAAGAAUCUCUGGUAUAAUGAUAUCUUGGUCCGUUAUACAUUUCCUAAUUUUGGUGACAUGAAACACAUUGUGGAAUGCUUCCAUCUUGGUUGGCAAAUCCAACUUUUAUGCCACAUUACCAACUCUUUCAAUGAUCCUGAAUGGAUCCAAGUAUAUCGAGUCUAAUUUUCUUCUCCCAAUAAUCCUCACCCGUCCCUUGAAGGUGAUCAUUUUGAGAUGCACGAGGUCAUCGACCACGAACUCGAGAUCUUUCCUUCGUUUAUCUGCAUAUUUCUUUUGUCGAUCUUGAGCCGCCCUCAUCUUAUCCUUCAAUAACUUAACCUUCUCAGUUGUCUCCUCGACAAUCUCUGGACCAAUCAUACUACGCUCCCCUAGUUGUGUUCAGCAUAGUGGUGUCAUGCAUGGCUGCCCAUAUAUAGAGGCCGCACACCACACAGCCACUCACCGAUAGAGUCUUCACGGCUCCUUGGCUUUACCACGAUCAGCCUCAGAUCCUGAAACAAUAAACCACUCACAUCAAUCAUAAUCUGAUAUCAUAAAGGUUGAUUCUAACAAUGCAUGGUUUGGUUCCUCUAAACAAUUAUAACCCUCUAUCUACUAUAUCACAUACAUUCGGCCAAGCCCAUAACAAGUCCAAGCUUAACCCAACAAUCUUACUCAAACCAUAGUCGGAUCUACUUCUUCUCUUUCUCGAUAUGUACGAAUAGGUGUGAAGGUUGAAUCGAAGGGCUGCGUCCCUUGGCUUAGAUCGUUUGUUUGAUCACUGUGGAAUCGACCUGUUUCGGUGUUAAUUUUAUUGUAGUAAAGUACAUGUCUAGGGAUGUUUUCUUACAUACCAUCAUCUGGUUGGACCUAUAAGGAAUAUUUUCUUUCCCUAUUAUAUGGUCUUAUAGUUAUCCGUUUUCUAUUGGAAUAUUGUUAUUCCUUAAUAUAUUUGGUGACCAAUGAAAUUGAAGAUAAAUGAGUAAUUCCUAAUUUUUUUCCACCUUGAUGGACAGUUGAGAUUAAUCUAAAGGAAACCCUAAAGAAGAAUUAGGUCAUCUCUCCACCUAUAAAUACAUAUCUUUAGACCAUCAUAAAGAUAUCCUAAAAGCAAAACUAACGUUAUAGGCGAGGCGAGAGAAACCUAAAAGUUUCUAAGAAGAGAUUGAGCUCUUCAUCUUUCAUUCAGGACUCAAUCCAUUCAGGAAGAUCUCUCAGGCACAAUGAAUCCAGGUAACUCUAUAAACAUUCAUAUGAUUCUAUUAUAUGAUUAACCUAGAUGUUUAAAGAUCUUAUAAUUCAUGUAAAUUUAACUUACAUGACCGAGGAAGUUAUUUGAAUGAGUUUUUAUUCUUCGAGGUUAUAUAUCGACAUGUUUGUUUUGUGUUUAUCUUUGGGUUUUUUCCUGACACGGGUGCCAUCCAUGUCAGGAUUUAUGAUUUAGUGUUUGCAAUUUCAAUUUUACUUAUAGUUAAGACAAUAUAAUAGGAGUAUAUAGAAUGAAAUUUGUGAAUACUGAAGGGGAAAUCGUGGGUGGGUUAUGUAGGUUGGAGAAAUAGAGUGCCAGAGGGUAAAGUGAAGAAGGAGGGUUGGCCACACAUGUUUUUUCUCCUCUUUGAGCAAUCUACAUCGCGCGGAGUUUGAUUCUAAAAACAAAUUAAUUGCUAUAUUUUUUCCUAUACUUUUGGAUUUGUGACAUAUUUGGUUGGAGCAACUGUUUUGCAUUAAUUUGUUUUGAUAUAUUUCUUUGAAAAUUUGUGUUUGAUAUACUAUGGAUUUUACCCGCUUUUAGCCAUGGUAUAUAGAUGUUUUUAAAUACAUUAUAUUUUAUUUACUUCAUUUUUCACAUUUUCUCUAUUUAAGUUACUCUCAUUUACUUAAUAUCCAAUCACACUAGAUGACCGUAUAACACAUAUAGCAAUAUAAUCUAUGUGGAAAAGUUAUUUACUUUUAUUUCAGUUGCUUGAAUAUCCAUCAACCGGAUUUUUUUUAAUAUUUUUCUCUCGUUACUAUUCAAAGAAGAGUAAUUGUAGUGUGUGUUUAUCCCAUCCAAUUAGUGAAUAGAAAAAUGUUGAGCUGCAUUUCACUUUCUUAAUUUUUAUUUACUUUGAAGAUUUUCCACUUGUUUUCUCAUUUUUAAGUUACUCUCGUUUAUUCUAUUUUUUCCAAUCAUACUUUAUGACUAUAUAACACAUAUAACGAUAUAAUCUGGGUGAAAAAGUGAUUUAUUCUUAUUUCAGUUGUUUUAAUACCAAUCAUGUGGAAACUAUUUUUAUUUCUUUCUAAUUAUUUACUCUUUUUACUAUUCAAAGAAGAAUAAAUGUAGUGUGUGUUUAUUUCAUCCAGUUUGUGAAGAGAGAAAUAUCGCGUUGCAUUUAAUUUUCUUAUAUUUUAUUUACUUUAGAGAUUUUUCACUAUUUUCUCUAUUUUAAGUUCUUCUCAGUUAUUCUAUAUUAUUUAUUCACAGUAUAUGGCUGUAUAACGUAUUUAACGAUAUAAUCUAGGUAGAAAAGUGAUUUACUCUUAUUUCAACUGUUUUAAUACCAAUCAAAUAGAUUUUUUUUAUAUUUUUCUCUCAUUACUAUGGAUAUUCAAAGAAUUGUAAAUACAGUGUGUGUUUAUCCAUCUACUUCGUAACAAUAAUGUUGUCACUGCAUUUCGUUUUUUAUAUUUUAUUUACUCCUACGUUUUUUCACUCAUUUUCAUUAUUUUAAAUUACUUUCAUUUACUCUUAAAUUAUCCGUUCACACUCUAUGAUUGUAUAACACAUUUAGUGGGUCUGAUUGGUUGCAGCUGUGAUUUUAGUUUUUUGCUGUAGAAUUUAUGCGGUGUAUUUUUUUGCUGUAGCUGUAAGAUUUUUGCUGUGAUUUUAUAUGUUAUAAAACUCACAGAUUUAUUAAUAAGUUUCUAAAACACUGUUAUUGGGGGUGAUUGGUAGUUGUUGUAGGUGCUGUCCACAGCCCUAUUUAUUUCUACAGCACCAAAUUCAAAGCAAUCAAGCUUUAAAUUUUUUUUUUGAAACCAAAGCUGUUGAAAUAAACUACAGCUGUACAAGUGCUCUGCAGAGCCAAAUAUCCAAAGCAAUUUUUUAGUGCUUUCCAUAAAAUUCUACAGCAAUAAAAUCUAAAGCCAUAGCAAAAAGUCUACAGAUUUUUUCUAUAGUAAAACUUUUAAAGCUACAGCCAUUACCAAUCGGACCCAUUAUGCUGUGGAAAUAUUAGUGUCUACAGCCAAAAAAAAAGAAAAAAAAGAAACGAACACUACAAAAAAAGAGAGUUAUUGUGACUAAAUUUUGUGACGAUCUGUAUUCGUCAUAAUUUGGUGACGUUUUUAAUACGAUGUUGUGACUAUUAUAUUCAGUCUUAAUUUCGUAGUUGUUUCGUAACAAUACUGUGACGAAGUAAAAGGUUGCUAGAAUUUGUAACAAAUUAAGACGUAAUUGUUACCACAGUAGGAAACGUAACAUUUAUGACGGUUUGUGACGAACUUUAGCGUAACCAAUUAGAUACUAAAUUGCGACGGAAUUAAAAGUCUCUGUUUGUAAUGAUAUAGAUACUAAAUUGCGACGGAAUUAAAAGUCUCUGUUUGUAAUAUUGAUAUAGUGACUAAAUUUUAGUCACUAAUUAGCACAAAAUAUCAUUUCAAAUUUUGACAUAAAUCAUGUAGCAAAUUGGUAGCAAACUAAAACCAAUUUUUGCAUGUUUUUUUCCACGUUUGUGUCUUAACCAUUUAUAAUUUAUAACAUAUUUGAGACUAUUAUUAUAGUUACAUAACAGCAAAAAUAUCUAUGAAGUAAAAUAUAUUUUAUGAAACAUACAAGUCAAUGUUACAUUUUCGUAUGUAGUACAUAUAUAAUUCACAUAUUCCUAAUCUGAUAAAGAAUAUACUUUAUCAAUUCAUAUUUAUAUUAUUAAGAGAAAAUUAGAAUAUUAAUUAUUCAUAUAUAUAUAUAGAACACAAGUGAUCUUUAAAACUUUUCAGAAAAAGAGACCAACUGCAAUAAAGAUUUUUUUUUUUAAAAAACUGUGUUGGUUUGAAUGAGAUAAUUAUCGAGACGAAAAAGAAGAAGGGUUCUCAAGCUAUUUACUCUAAAAAGAAGAAGAAGGGUUCCUAAGUGUUGAUAGUUAGACCAAUGUAUAUUGAAUGAUGACAUUAAAAUUACAAGGCAGUGGAUGUAUAUCGAUGGUGCUAGACUGCUAGUAAUAAAGUUUCAGAAACUUAUUGUCAAGAAUUAGAGAUUUUUAGGAAAUUUGCAAAAUCUCAACAAAAACUUGAUUUUACUGCAAUGCAAUAUGAAGACUCUGAUCCAGUCGUUAUAUUGAUCCAUAGCACGUUGAGGCACUAACAACAUGUAUGGUCAAGCAGAAUAUCUUGAUUAUAUCGAAGUGGAAGAAGAACUUGGUUCGGAUGUUAAAAGCGAAAAUCCUGAUAUCGAACUAAUUUAUGAAGAAUUUGAUUAAUUUAUUUGUAUCUAUUUAUCAUCGAUUUUUAGUCUGUUGUUUUAGUAUAGUUAGUUACUUAUUUUAUAACAGAAAUACAUACAAAACUUUAAGUUCAAAUAAAGUAUUAUUUUAAAAAUAAUUGGGCACUAAAGGCGGUAUUCUGAAAUUUUAAGAUACACCGCCAUAAAACUUGUCAAAAGGUUCGAAAAACAUUUAAAGCUUUUUAUUGACUAUAUAUAUCCACUAAGCCAUCAUAAACCCUACAGGUUUUCUCAAUAUAUAAAAACUUCAUAACUUGCCGUCAAAAUUAUAAGCCUAAAAAUACCCUCUCAGAGGAACCAUACAUCUGAAAGCUUUUCCUCUUGCUGGAUCUGGUGCUGUAAAGGUUUAUUUCUCAUCACCCAUAAUCCCUUUUAUUUAUGGAUGACUUGUUUGCGAAUAUAAUAUCGGAGCCAUAUAGGUUGAAAACUAGAAGCGUUUUAUCAAUGUUUGCUUUGAAACUUGUGCUUGGCCACUUUCUUCUAGAGCUUUGAUAAUCUCUACAAUUUAAUUAUUUAUAGUUCUUUGGAAUCGUUCUCUUAAACAAAAUUUGAUGGAUUAUUUAUAGACAUAUUUUAUUAUUGGCCACUUCUGGAGCACUUUAGAGAACUAUUAAUUAUUAAAAAGAAAGUUGGAUUGUUUUGUGUUCUUGUCUUAGCUAGGAAUAAGAUAUGUACACUGAUCAGUUUAUUUUUGGUUUCCUUUGUAGAGGACUCGACCACCAAUAACAAUAGGUGGACGUUCAUAUGGGAGAUGAUCAAAUACCCAACCUAAUGGUUCUCAGUCUGCUGUUUCCUAAAGAAAUGGUGUAAACUCUGAACCAGUAUAAUAGGGAAGAAGUUGCACAUGUUCCAGUACAACGUGAUGUUGGAAUGAUCCACCCAUCUCGACAUAAUGCGCUCUUCAAGAAACGAUUUGAAACUAUAAAGACUUUCUACUUCGGCACAGACUAGUUUGGUUUUGGUGCUAUUUUAGUUUGUUGAUAUUUUAUAUGCUUUUAAUUCCUUUAUGCUAUUUGUUUUUUUUUUCAUUCUUAAUUGUUGUUCAAGUUUACACUAUAUUAUGAAAAUUUUAUUUUUAAUAAUUGUUCUUUUCAGGUUAUUUCUUUUUGGUAAAUAAAUAUUAAAAUCACAAUGUAAUACAAACGACAUAAUGUAAAUAAAAAAAUAUGUAGAUAUAUAUUUAAGUCAGUAAAGUCGUGACUAAAUUAGUAAAAACGGUGAGAAAUACGAGAUAAUAUAUUAGUAUCAAAUUAAAACUGAUUUGUGACCAGAAAUCAGUAGCAAAUUAUACCAUUUAGUGACGGCCAAUUAGUUUUCAGUUGUGACGAUUAGUGACCACUGUUUGGUCACACCAAGUGGCGAAACUGAGACGGUGUAAUGGUCACAUAAUAUGACAGUUUUGUGACUUGAUUAUUAGUCUGUAAUUGUGACUGUUUUGUCACUUUUAUGUAUCGUCACAACUUGUGUCGCAAUUGUUACUGUCUCGAUACGUCGCAAAAUUGUUACAUUUUUGUUACCAAAAAAAAUUUGUGACGAUCAUAUUGCAACCGUAUACAUAUGGUUACAAAUACGUCACAAUGUCAAUAUUGUGACGAAAUAUUUUAUAUUGUGACGAAAAUAUUCGUUACAAUACACUCAUUUUCUUGUAGUGGAAGUUGUAGGUUUCAAAAAUCAAAGCAAAGCUUGACUGUUAAAUAUUGUGGCUGUAGAAAUAUUUUUUUGUUGUCCACAGCAACCAAAGCACUAACCAAUCAACCUCUAAUCUAGUUGAAAAAUGCUUUACUUUUAUUUCACCUGACUUAAUAUCAAUCAAAUGGAAAAAAAAAACAAUUUUUUUAUUUUUUAUGUUUUACUCUCUUUUCUAUUUAAAAAAGAGUAAAUCCAAUGUGUAUUAAUCACAUUGAAUUUGAAAAGAAAAAUGUCAAGCUGCAUUUCACUUUUUAAAAUAUUUUAUUUACUCUUCAGAUUUUUCAUUCAUUUUUUUCUUUUUUUUUUUAGUCUCAUUUACUAUAUAUUAUCCAAUCACAUUCAUAGCUAAUUAUUUCUUAUUUAGUAUAGGGCUUAUUGGCGAUAUAGCCAGAUUUCAAAAACAAAUAAAAAAAGUAACAAUGAUUUUGACGUAAUUCAGUGUCAGACAUUUUGGCUUGAUACUAUCCGGUUAUGCCCCUUACCAUAACAGGUUGCCGGUUCCUUGUUAUAAAAUGAACGACAUGGAAGAUGUGUUUGCCACAUUAACAAUCACAUAUAAUAGGGAUCGUUGUGCGCAGCUGUCUUGAACACGUAUGCGAAAGGAUAUAAUCAAGAGUAUUUGACGAACAGUUGUGAGGGAGAUAGAAACUCUGUUAAUAGAACAGCGAUCUGAAGAUGAUGACAUAAAUCCUAUUCCGAUUGUAUUGCUUUCCAUACUAUGUCACGUACGUGGAAUGAUUUAUUGUAAGUUCAUUUACAAUAGAGUGAUGGUGUUCUUAAUUUCAGAAUGGUGAUAAGGUGCAUGGUGAAAGUAAAAUACGAAAUGGUUUACAUAAAAUCAAGCCGAAUUCAGUAAAACGUCCAAGUUAGAGGACGAAACUUUCCGUUUCACAUGAGUCAGAUGGAAUGUAAUAUAUAUUAUGAACGUAAAUAGAUACAUGCAAAAAAUCUUCUUUCCAUUCCACAUGAACUAUAUAAGAUAGAAUAGGUGUAUGCAUAUGACCCACAAAAUAAGUAGACGCUGAUGUAUGCGGUUGUGCAGAGUUGAUGACGUAUUCCCUGCAGUAAAUGACCACUAAUGGAUUACAACUAUUUCAUAUAAAGGAUUACGAGGAAGCCACGUAAAUAGGUGGAGUUAUUAGAGAUGUUUUACUGUGCAGAGUUAAACAAGUGGUGUAAAUUAGAAAGUGUACCAAUAAAUGUUGUAUUCCAUAAUAUAAUUGUUGUGUACGGUUAGUCCACAUAGUACGUACACAUGUCAAUGUGUUUAUUCCAUUGAAUAUAUUCUAUACCACGUACUACAUACUAUGUUAUGUGAUGCUAUACACAUAGUUCACCAACUUUGAUUUACAUACAAAUGAUAGCUAAUGGGAGCUUGGUAAAACAACAUUUCACAGUAAACACUAAACCUAAGUCCAUGAAAUAUAAACCCUCAUACAAUGCAGUCCAAAUCAUUCCGAAAUGACACUCCUUUUCUCAAAAACAUGAUUCGCCUAAUUACAUUCUUUAUCAGCCAUAGCCCACACAUGGUUGACGUACAUAAAGCUAAUGAGUAUAUGUAAGACAACGCUUGAUAUGUACAUACACUUCAUAGUACGUACACAUGUCAAUGUGUUUAUUCCAUUGAAUAUAUUCUAUACCACGUACUACAUACUAUGUUAUGUGAUGCUAUACACAUGGUUCACCAACCUUGAUUUACAUACAAAUGGUAGCUAAUGGGGGCUUGGUAAAACAACACUUCCCAGUAAACACUAAACCUAAGUCAAGGAAAUAUAAACCCUCAUACAAUGCAGUCCAAAUCUCCCUUUUUCUCAAAAACAUGAUUCGCCUAAUUACAUUCUUUAUCAACCAUAGCCCACACAUGGUUGACGUACAUGAAGCUAAUGGGUAUAGGUAAGACAACGCUUGAUGAUGUAAACCCAAUUCCAUAAAAUAGAAACCCUAAUACAUUGGGGACACAAGACGUCCAGAAAUUAAACCCACAUUGCCGGAAGACGGUAGAACAUCAAUCCAAUGUAUGUUAAAAGUAGUUGUUAACCCUUUUAUUCUCUGUGGGUUCAAAGCCUGUCUCAAACAAUUUACAUGGGAGGUCUAAAUCGUCCACGCCAAACCUGCAAAACGAUACAAGCUAAUCAACAAAACUAUGGGAAAGAUGAUAUACAUUUAGUGUCUAAAACCAACAAACACGAAUAUUUCAUCUCGUAUAGAAUAGAGCAGGGCGAUAUCAUACUACAUACAAGUGCAUGCAAAGUGAAAAGUAGUGCUAUUACAUACAACAUAAGCAUAUUCCAAUAUAAUCUACAUGCAACACAACCAUACCAUUCCAAAUUCAAUCUACAAACAACACAACCAUUCCAUUUCAAGUAGAAUAAGGCGAAAAUAUAGUGGAUUAUCUAAUUGAGUGAACUAAUAAUGCAAUGAUAUUUCACACCAAAAUUCAAUUUUCCAUACUACAUACAAGCGCAUGCCAAGUGGAAACUAGUGCUAUUACAUAUUCCAGUACAAUCUACAUGUAACACAACCAUUUCAUUCCAAAUACAAUCUAUGUACAACACAACCAUUCCAUUUCAAGUAGAAUAAGACGAUAAAGUAUUGGAUUACCUAAUUGAAUGAACUAAUAAUGCAAUGAUAUUCCACAUGAAAAUUCAAUUUUCCAUACUAUGUAGUUCUUGUACCAGAGAAACCACAAUUCCAAAAUCUGACCGAAAGAACGAACGAGGAAGCAUAAAUAAAAUGAGGAAUGCACUGAAUAUGAUGAAAAUACCACGAAUUGAAAGCACAUUAUAUAACUAACUGUCUAAUACUAUCUCAUAUGGAAUAGUGAAAUUGCAUAAUAGUAAUAUGACAAGAUAAAACGAGAUGGAAAGUGGAUAUAAUUUACUAUAUGUAGUCGCAAAGCAAUUGUCAGCCACAAUAUUCCACACCAAAUAAAUCUACAUUCAUACACUACGGUCGGUGUGGCACCGGUUCAACAGAAUUCAAAUUUAGGAACCAUCAGAACAGUCGGAACAACCAAAACAUGAAAUCAAAAUCCCUAAAUUCU